CACAUCAAUGAAAAGGUGACGCGCUCUGCUGCGCCGGUUGUGCCCCUCCGUUCAGCUGUCUGCGCGCGCUCCGGCUGCGCUGCUGCACAACAAUCAGGUGGGGAAAUGUAGCCUCACUUAACAGGCUCUGCUAUGCUAAUAUGGGUCGACAAUGGAGAUAAAACGGUGUCGAUGAUCAACCCACCAAGACAGACUAGACCAGAACCGCAGCAAUGAGCGCCUCCUUUCCAAAAUCUGAAUCCACGACCUCCUUACUGAAAUCAUCCUCUGCGGCGAGGAGACCGACACACCUCCCUGAACGCACAGCAGAAAGCCGGAGAAGUCAGCAGCCUCACCAUCAGCAUCAGCAUCACCACCGUCCCGCCGCACUCCAGAGCAACAGCAAAGACGAGGAGUCCUUCUGGUCGGCCGAGUGCGAUAUCAGUGCCCGGAGACCCCUGUGCCAUCCCUCCCUCACUGGCAGCCAGGACAGUAGUAACAAUGCAGCCACUCGGGGCAAGUGUAAGUCACAUGCCCCCCACGGCCAAGUUCCUGACCCAGCGGAGCCAAACGGCGAGGCGGACCGAGGUGUGAAGGAGCGCUGCAGGUCAUCCAAGCCCACCCACCGGCACCACCACCACAGGAAGCACAACCGGGAGGACCGUCCACCCGCAGCCGAGCCAGCUGAACCAGGGCACCCCAGUCGCUGCCGCACGCACACCCGUCCGGUCCCCAGAGUGUCCUCCCUUUCGGACAGCAACGACGACAGGGCUCCUCUCUGUGAGCCGAGGGACCAUAAAGGGCUCAAUUUGGAUAAUAGCGGGGGCCAGGUCAACAGUCCAUCCCCGUCCUCCUGCUCCCUGGUCCCGCUGUCCAGCAGGUCCUCUCGACGCUGCCGGAGGUCCAGUGCUACUUCUUCUGCAUCUGAUGUCAAUAUACGCACUAUCCUCAAUUCACUGUUUGGACAGAUGCUCCAGGAUGCUGAGAGGAGAUUCAGAGGGGUGCUGUCCUGUGAGGAGAUGGGCCAGGCAGGGUAUCUUGAGCCUUAUCAGGAGUCCAUUGUUUCCAUGACACAAAACUGCGCUCUUGUGAGCAACAUACGGUUUGAAACCUGUGUCUUCCUGAGUAAAGGCAUGGCCACGUGCAGGCAGGCUGACAGAGAGCUGCGUCCAGAGGAAAUGGAUGAGUUGCGCGAUGCUUUCAAAGAGUUUGACAAGGAUAAGGAUGGUUUCAUCAGCUGUAAAGACCUUGGAAACUGUAUGAGAACUAUGGGAUACAUGCCCACUGAAAUGGAGCUGAUUGAACUGAGUCAACGGAUAAACAUGAACUUGGGAGGUCAUGUUGAUUUUGAGGAUUUUGUCGAGUUGAUGGGUCCAAAACUCCUUGCCGAAACUGCAGACAUGAUUGGAAUAAAAGAGUUAAAAGACGCAUUUAGAGAGUUUGACACUAAUGGAGAUGGUGCCAUAAGCACAUCUGAACUACGGGAUGCAAUGAAGAAGUUAUUGGGCCAACAGGUGGGUCUCAAGGAAGUAGAAGAUAUCCUGAGGGAAGUUGACCUAAAUGGUGAUGGGCUUGUUGACUUUGAAGAGUUUGUACGAAUGAUGUCUCGCUAAGAACAUGAAAUGAUCGGUCCUGAAUGUGAAGCUGUGUCCUUCUCUAUACUUGACCAAGAACAACAGAGGACAUGCUAAUAUCUCUGAGCCAUCCGAUUCUGAAUGACACUGGAAUUAAAACUCCUUGAAUGUUUUGGAGCAAGGAGUCACCUCACACUUUCAAUCAGUGUUCAAGUGUUCUUCCUGAAAAGUCUCCAGUUCAACUAAGGCAGAAUUUGCUGUAGCCUAGCUGAUGAUUGUCCAACUUGUGUUUUUGCACUUUAAUUCUGACUAAAUAACUUCCUGUGUGGAUAGACUGCUGGUGACUUGUCUCAUCUUCUACGUGGUAAAAAAAUAAGUCUUGCAAAAUGUUGCCUUUGAUGUCCAACACAGUCAGGAUGUGAGAGGGAAUGCCUGUAGAAAAGAUGUAAAAGAUCAGUGCACUGUUCAACAUUUCGGUAUGUUUUCACACAGUAUGUGUUAUAUUAGAACUUGUAAGUGUAAUGUCAUUUGUGUGACAUUGGUGCUCCAACCAGGAACACAUGUGGCAAUAUAACACCUGUAUUUUGACUGUGUGACCAUCUGUGGUUUUUCACUGUGCCAGUCGAGUCCUAUAAAAGUCUGACAACUACACGCAACGAAGAAACAGAUCUCUGCUAUUAAAUUCUGAAAUACAUUUCAUAUAUGUUAUUAGAUCAAGGGUAGUGUUAAUUGCAUAUACAAAGAUGCCCAGCUCUGGUUUGCGGCAUCCUAUGUCUCUCAAUGCUCACAGGUUUGAAUGUUUAAUGUAGCUUUGGGAACAAGUAUUGUCUGUUUUUAUAAAUCCAUACAGGCCUGUCUGAGAUCAUAGUAGGAAUAACAUAUGUGAACUGUACUUACAAUGGAUUUUAUUAUGAUGUACCUGUACUGUAUGUCAGUGUCAAUAUGAUUGUAGUUGUGGUGACCACACAUCUGUGUUGUCGGAGCAAUUUUUAUGCAUGCCAAAGA